AUCGGGGUGUAAUUGGAUGUGCUACAGAAGACGUCACCCCUUUAAAGCACCUCUAGACGUCGGCUCUCACUUAUAACUGCCACUAAACAUCCUCAACUUGCUCAUUAUUCUCAACCUCACUCUUCUCAACUAAUCAUCAAAUCUUAUCCAAAGCUUCAUCAAACCAAACCAAAAUGGAACAACUCGUAGCCGUCCAGCGCCCCAUGGGCAUCUUUGAGCAGUACAUGGCUCCCAGCACCCAAACCCUGGUCCUCAAGGAGAAGGUCUUCUCCCUUUCGCAGGACAGCUUCGACGUCACCAAUAUCAGUGGCGAGCCCGUGCUCAAGAUUGAGGGUCGCCACAUGACCAUCUCGGGUCGCAAGACCGUCAAAGACAUGGCAGGCCAGCACCUCUUUGACAUUGUCCGGGAGAAGAUGCACGUGCACGAGACAUAUGUGGCCGAGGAUCCCGCCGGCAAGAAGUUGAUGGAGGUGAAGAGCUCGUUCAAGGUGGUGGGAAGCAAGGCGACCGUCACAUUCAUGUCCAAGGGCGACCAUGCCGAGACGCUGACCAUGAAGGGCAACUGGCGCGACACGUCGGCGGACAUUGUCUGCGAGAACACGGGUGCCGUGGUCGCGCGCAUUGACCGCAAGCUCCUGAACAAGCGUGAGUUGAUGGGGAGCCAGCAGACGUACGCGCUCAUCGUGGCGCCUGGUGUGGACAUGGCCCUGAUGGUGGCGGCGUGUGUCGCGCUGGAUGAGAAGAACAAUGAUUAAGUAUGGCUUAUGUUACGAAUGGCGAGUAGCGUGCAGCACGAGCUCAAUUGACGAACCUAUAACG